AUGAAUGCUCCAGUUGUUCUCCUGAAUGAAUUCAUUCUUGACACUCUGGCUUUCAAAGAAAUGUUCGACCGGGAGGCCAGUGUAGUCAAAGCACAUGUGAAGACCUUAGAUUGGAUCUUCAGUGAAAACGGCCACCAGGGCCCAACGGAGGAGGAUUUUCGGCACGGUCUCUCUACGUGGCUCGAGACUAACGACUGCAAUCCCAUAUAUUGGAUGGUGGGUAAGCCGGGUUCCGGUAAAUCAACACUUAUGAAAUAUCUCUACGAACACCCAACUACAUAUAAUCUGCUUAAAAAUUGGGCAGGUGGACUCCCCGUGUUAACUGCAGGAUUUUAUUCGUGGGCGAGUGGGAGUAAGGAGCAGCGGUCCAAGGGCGGUCUCUUUAGAUCACUUCUGUACCAGUUACUCUCGCUCAAUCACGAUCUUAUCCCUUGUACAUUUCCGAAUCUUUGGACCAAAAUCCGUACCAUGACCUCUAAAGAGAGGAUUGCGCUUCAUCUAGAAUGGGACAAAGACGAACUGCAGGAAGCUUUCUACUUAUUCAUGAAAUCAUCACUUCCGAAAAUGAAAUUCUGCCUUUUCAUUGAUGGCCUUGAUGAGUUUGAGGAAGAUCAUCGGGAGCUGAUUAGCUUUUUCAAAGAGCUUGGCCUUCAUGGCAACGUUAAAAUUUGUCUCUCUUCGCGUCCCUGGACUACGAUUGAAGAAGCCUUUCAAAGAGUUGGACCUAAUGUUAAACUACAAGACAUCACGAAAAAUGACCUGCAUCAAUACGCAACUGACAGACUCAGAGAAAAUGUCGUUGUUCGUCGCUGUCUUGGACGCGAGAAACAAGAGACGGAGGUAUUGCUACAGGGGAUAGUUGAUCGGGCAAGUGGUGUUUUCUUAUGGAUCAAGCUGGCUUUAGACGACAUUCUCAAAGAUUUUGCCCCAGAAAAGGGUGUCUCUGGGUUGAAGGACAAAGUGGAUCAACUUUCAGCAGAGUUGGACGGCUUGUACGAAAAGCUCUUGUUUCGAGAUCAAACCGAUAUUCAAAUCGCCAGGGCGGCAAGUUUUCUGUUCCUCGUCGAAUCGAGAGAGCUUGUGGCCGAGUUUGUCAAUGACACAUCAGCCAGCGCCCUUACAGUGUGGGAGUUGGCCUUAGCCUUGGAAGAAGAUGAUGACUAUUCCAUGGACGGGGACGUAUCACAGGUGUCCAACAAGUUAAUCCUUGAGCGCUGCAGUAGUACAGUAGAGUGCAUGCACCAAAGAUUCGCUGGACUUUUGAGCCUUCAAGGAGAGGAGAAACAAGAUCGCCCGCGUAUCCUCAAAUUCAAGGAUAGCAUCGAAGAUGACAUUACUUCAAUACGCCAACUAGCGGACAACAAGGUCACCUUCAUCCAUCGUACAGUACGGGACUGGCUGCGAGACGACCACGUUCAUAAGCGGCUUGAACAAAGAACAGAAGCUGGCUUUGAUCCUCAUUUACGGCUUUUAAGAUCAUAUGUGCUCCGACUUAAGAAAUCGAUGGAUGAAAUUGAGCAUCACCGACGGUUUGAUGAGUGGUGGCCGGAUGUAACCAUCGCCAUGACUCAUUCCAGGUAUAUUAAGAAUGACGUAAAGAAGAUGCAACGUUAUUUCUUGAAUCAGCUCAAUGAAACUAUCUCGUGGCUGUGGGACGCCAAAACGGAUCCAUACGACCAUUGGGCUGCCAAAGCAUUUGGAUUCUUUCAAGUUCGAAAGAAGGCUCCACCAAUUUGGCAUCCUUUCCUAUGCUUAGCUACGAAAUUCGGCUUAACAACAUAUGUCUCCGAGGAGUUAGACGCGUGCAUUUCGCAAGAUAAAAACGGCGUUCUUGAAAAAGAGAUGCCGACCGUUGAUGAAAAAGCCACUCCUCUUCUCACAUAUGCAACCGAAUUUCUUUGCUCGAGACAGCAGACAAUUUACCCGCUAUCUGAUCCCCAUAUGGUUCGCAACCUUCUCGAAAGGCUUCAUCGAAUAAACCCCGGCCCGAACCAUGAGUACAUUGAUUUCGAAACCAAAAUUCCUAUGACUUCGUGGGUGAAUCUUUUGCGGUCUCUCCGAGAGGCGCACAGACGAGGGAAGGUAGAUUAUUUCGACACUUACACAAACGGCAUUGAACGUUGGGCAAAAAUUGUGCGACUUUUCGUGGUGGGCGGUGCGAAUGUUAAUGCUGUUGUUGGGGCAGAUUCUUGGGACCCGGAAAUAUCGACGGUCGGUGUUAUUGAGAUGUUGGCUGACACAUACUGUCAUCCAGAACUGGGAGAAAUUAAGCUUCUGAUUCAAGUUGGUAAGAUAUAG